CCUCAUUUGAAUUUGAAAAGCUCACACUCCCGACGAGAAGUUUUCUUUACGUCUGCAAUUCAAGAGAAGAUUCGCCUUGUACCUGGCAUUAAUUUAGUUUUCUAGAGUGAGUAGAGUUCGCUUUUUAGGAGGAUGGAGAGCAGAUACUUGUUGCUGCUUGUUAUUCUGCCUUUAUACUCGCAUGGCACUCCGUGCACGCAGGAUCAAAUCACCUAUGAUUUUACUGAAUGCGAUUCGGCCGAAGGAAGAUGGCGAGUUGCCGUUCCUAAACAAGAUGGAGUUUGUACUGUGGAAGGCGAAGUGCCUGUUCGGCAAAAGGAGUGUACUUUCACAUGUGAACCAGGACAUUAUGUUGAUGUGACAAGUAAGACCCUGGAGUGUAAAGCAUGUGCUAUGGGUACAUACAGUGUUGGAGGAGGGGUACGCUUCAGCAACUGGAAUAAACUUCCAACUGGAUUUGAGAGUCGCACGGAAGAUGCGCAUUUUCAAGAAUAUGGAUACGACAAUGAAUACUUCAAGGAAGAAAGUGGAGCUAACUGCUCAAAGACUGGGUGGAUACCAUCAGGUGACAGUAUCAUGUCACCAGAAGAUGAAUGUACCUCAGAUCUGACGUAUGCCGUCACUCUGGAAAGAGACGGUCAUGUAUCAUUUGAUUAUUACCACACUGAUGGUAUCCACACUGCUUUCCGUGUGUUUGUAAGAAAUGAUCAGUGCAGAGUUUCUAGUCUGGAUAAAGAGGAUACGUUCCCUCCACGUACUGUUAACAACGAAUGGGGAACAACCAAGAUUGCUUUGAAAGCAGGAAGGAAUGUGAUCACUUGGCAAGUUACAGCAAUCAGUUAUGGCUCUCACGACAGACGAGAACCUGUUUACAUCAGAAGCAUUGAAAUUCAAGGAGUGUCUUACACAUCAGAGUGCACCCCAUGUGAAGCAGGGUAUUAUAACAAAGAGGAAGCCAAAGGAAGUUGUAAAAUGUGGCCUGUGAAUACUUUUUCUUCCCCUGGUGCCACAGAGUGCUCAAAAUGUAAUGAGGUCACUGAGUACUCCGCUCGUGGGGCAAGGAAUUGCACCCUAAGGAAGCCAUGCACAGAACAAGACUAUUAUGAAAUUCGCACAGCAUGUGAUGAUGAACGCAAGACACAAGUUAAGUAUAUGUGGAUAGAACCAAAGAUCUGCAGAGAUGAUGUGGAUGGAGCCAAGAAGCUGCCUGCAUCUGGGGCAAAGGAAGAUUGUCCUCCUUGUAACCCUGGAAUGCAUCUUAAUGGCACAGGUGCAGGCAGUUCUUGUGUUUUUUGUCCUGCCAAUCAAUUCAGUGAUGGCAAAGCAGAUUGCGAGAAGUGUCCAGUGUCCACCGAGCCAGUUUAUGGACACCACCUCAAAUGGUGGCAUAGCGUCCCAGAACAUUUACAUGCAUCCUGUUUCUCUAUGUCAGAUCGUGGAUGCACCACAAAACAGGGCUGGCAACCACGUGGAAACUACCUGGACAGUGGCAUCAAUCAAGCAGAUGAUGUUUACAUGUCACUUAAACUUCCUGUGAAAGGCUUUGGAAGUCCUGAGGGUCUUAAAAAUCCUGUACAGGGCCAGUUUGGCAUGGUGGAGUUUGUCUUUGAAAUGAUCUGUACUGGAGAGUGUACUUUUAAAUUCAAAGAGAAGCCGCAUUAUAAAAUGACAAGUGUGAUUGAAGUAUGGACAGGGGCAAAUAAGAAAAUUAAGUACAGAUACAUGAUUACCUCUCACAGGGAAACUCAGUUUAUCUGGACAUUUCAAAAACAGAGUUCCUACUCAUUUAGUGAUGAUGAACUGUCUUAUAACUAUGACAAUGAUCGAGUGAAGAUUUACUCCAUUUCUAUCAACAACACCAUUGAUGGAGGUGCCGAUCAUUGCCGAUCAUGCCCAGUAUCUUCAGAGAGUGGAUGUAUUAGCUGUCCGAAGGGUAACUAUGUGGAUACUAAGAAGCAAAAGUGUGUGCCAUGCCCUAAAGGCACCUAUUUGAACACAAGUAACCUAUAUGGAUCAGAAGCUUGUGUCAAAUGUGGACCAGGACUAACCAGUGAAAAGGGAUCCACCACGUGUCAUUCUAACUGUUUGUUCAACUCCAUCAAGCAUAUGCGACAAUUCAACUUUACUGGUCUCCAAGGAACUCACAGCAUUGCCACUGGUCCCUCAUUCACCAGACGUGGCUUCCGUUAUUACCACCUCUUCAACAUGAGUUUGUGUGGACAUCCCUACAAAAUGGCAAAAUGUCACAAUAAUAUCAGCCUUUCCACUGGCAAAUCGGAUGCCUAUAAUUUGACUUCACCUGUUUGCCGCAUGACCGUUGUUCCUGACCCAGUUGUGAUGACCACACAAACAUUAAGUGUUGCAGACCGCCUUGAAGGUAUUUUUGAAGACAUUGCCGACAAUAAGACCAACGAAGCCUCGGUAUUCGCUGGAAAAACAGGUCCAGUAACAAACACGUCCAUCUUUUUCUUAUUCAAGUUCCACGGUGACAAACCCACUCAAGCGUGCCCUAAUGGCCGGUCAGUUUGGACAACAGUGCUGUGUGACCCUAAAGUAGGACAGGUACGUCUGUAGGACUUUCUCUCAACUGAGACC